AUGGCGGCGAAGAAGCCGAGUAGUGCUAUCGACAUGGCGGAGCUGGACCCGGUGCUGCACGGGGUGGGCUUCGAGAUGCAGGAGGUGUCGCCGUCGCUGCUCUCCGGCCGGCUCCCGGUCACGGAGCGCUGCUGCCAGCCGUUCAAGGUGCUGCACGGCGGCGUGUCGGCGCUGGUGUCGGAGGGCCUGGCCAGCAUGGGCGCGCACAUGGCGUCCGGCUACCGCCGCGUCGCCGGCGUGCACCUCGCCAUCAACCACUUCCGCAGCGCCGCCCUCGGCGACGUCGUCCUCGCGCGCGCCGUCCCCGUCCACCUCGGACGCUCCACCCAGGUGUGGGAGGUGAAGCUGUGGAAGAUGGACCCGUCGGAGGAGGGGAAGAAGGGCCCACAGAUCUCCGAGUCCAGGGUCACGCUGCUCUGCAACCUGCCCGUGCCGGACAACCUGCACCACGCCGGCGACGCCCUCAAGAAGUACGCUGCCGCAGCAACGACGACAACCACCCCCACCAGCAAACUGUAA